AUGACUACAGUUAAUCUCCGUAUUGGUGACACCGUCCCAGACUUUACUCAAGAAUCAAGUGAAGGAACUAUCAAGUUUUAUGACUAUUUGGGUAGUCAAUGGGGUAUCUUGUUCUCUCAUCCAAAGGACAAGACACCAAUUUGCACAACUGAAUUGGGACGUGUAUCAAACAUUCUUCCAGAAUUUGAAAAGAGAAAUACAAAGGUGAUUGCACUCUCUGUUGAUAGUGUUGCCGAUCACAAGGAAUGGAUCAAAGACAUUAAUGAGACUCAAAACACCAAUGUCACAUUCCCAAUCUUGGCCGAUGUUGAUAGAAAGGUUGCCGAUCUCUAUGGUAUGAUUCAUCCAAAUGCUGACAACACCUUUACUGUUAGAAGUGUAUACUUUAUCGACCCUGCCAGAAAGCUCCGUGCUCAAAUCACCUAUCCAGCCAGUACCGGUAGAAAUUUCGAUGAAAUCAUCCGUGUUUUGGACAGUUUGCAAUUGACUGAAAAGUACAAGGUUGGAACUCCAUCCGAUUGGAAGCAAGGUGGUGAAUGUGUCAUUGUUCCAUCUGUAAAUGAUGAAGCUGCCAAGACUUUAUUCCCAGGUGGUUGGAAAACUGUCAAACCAUACCUCAGACUUGUUCCACAACCAGGAAAUUCAACUGCUUAA